AUGGAGAAAAAAGCUAGGGUUUCUGAGGACUCGGAUUCGGAAUUUGAGGGUGAAAAUGAGUUUGUUGAGAAAAAUAAGCCUAUCGUGAUUGAAAUCUCCUCCGAUAUGGAUGCUGAGGAAUUUGAUGAUAAAACAGAGAGAGCAAACAUGCCUGUGGAUUCACCCAUGAAGAAAAUCAUGGAAAAUGGUGGGGUUGCUGAAAAAGAUGAAGUACCGGAAAAUGCUGAAAGCAAUGGAGGUAGUAAAAAUGGUGAUGUGCAAAAGGAUGGCUUAGAUGAGAUGGUUGUUGAGAAUAGUAAAAGUUGCAAAUCGGGGAAAAUUAGUGAAUCCAAUGCAGUAAAGGUUAUUGAAGGUGAAAAAGCACAUAUAAUUGGCACUGGGGAGGGAAGUCUAGGUAGUUUUAAGAGUGCGGAGGAAAUUGAGAAGUUUAAAUGUGUUCCCUCUGCUGCUGUUGUUGGGAGGAAAGGGAAAGAAAGAAUUGGUGGAGGUGGUGUUUCUGUUAAUGGAAAGCGUGAAUUGCCACCAUCGAUAAAGGGGAAAGAGAAGAAUGUGAGAGGCGAGGAGGUGGUGGAGAAUGUGAGGUCAAAGAAUGAACUUUUGAUGGAUUUGUUGGAAGUUUUGAAGGUGAAGGUGGGCGUAGAAGAAGUGGAUUUCUUGAAGACGGCCAAGAGGCGAGGUUUGACAUUUCCUAAGCCUAGAUGGUGGCCGCCCGAGGGUUUUGAAGAAUAG